AUGUCCACCAAGACAAAGUCGUACGCCCUCAAUGGUGCUCACACGGCUGGCAUCUUUGCAGACAUGUCUAUCGAUGGACCUAUAAUCGGCACGCUGGUGGCUAUUGUCGAUAGGGCCAAGAACCUACCCAACAGGAAGACUAUUGGCAAGCAGGACCCCUACUGUGCUGCGAGGCUAGGAAAGGAGGCCAAGAAGACGACGACAGAUGUUCGGGGUGGCCAGACUCCCAAGUGGGAUCAAGAGCUUCGUUUUACCGUCCAUGAUUCCCCGGAUUACUACCAGCUCAAACUGUCCGUCUUUACCGACGAUAAAAAGACCGACUUGAUUGGAGAGUCAUGGAUUGAUUUGAAGGGCAUCAUUGUCCCUGGAGGUGGUCAGAACGACAUGUGGCAAGGUUUGACUUGCAGGGGCAAGUACGCGGGCGAAAUCAGAAUUGAAAUCACAUACUACGAUACCAGACCACGACCAGAGAAGCCCGUGGCUAAGCAAAGGCAGCAGGCUGUCACCACAGAUCAAGAUGCCACGGCUCCCAUGAAGCAGAGAACGCCCGUCAAACGACGACCUUUGCCUUCAGAUCCUGUAACAGGGGAAGCACCCGUUACCCCCCCGGUUGCAAUUGCUUCGCAACCUGAAGUACAUCAGACCACGCCUCGGUCACACAGCAAAUCCGCCUCACAUGCCGGUUUCAUUCCCAACCAGUCACCGCUACAGUCGGUAGAGUACAACACACCCCCUCCUCACCCGCAAGGAAGCAGACAACCGGCAGAGCAGUAUACGCCUUCACCGCAUUCUGCCCACCGGCAUGGCCAUCGAUCUAGAGAGUCGCACGGCACACCAAUGCGUUACCCGGAAGAUCGCGGCUACUCCCAGCGAGGCCAGCCUUCUCCCUAUGACCAACCGGGUCCUCGGUCAACUCAAAGUUCCUUUUCCGAGAUUCAUGAACUGCCUGAAGAUUUGGGGGGAGCACAACCAGCCUUCGACGACGACGCUCCCCCACCGCCCCCAGCUCAUAGAUCAAGGCAAAACAGUGCUGGCCCAGAGUUGACGCACCGCGGGUCGUACGAUAUCUCUCCUCAAAAGUCGCCGAUGCCCAUGAGAAAGGAUGUGCUCAAGAGCGAGGCCCAUAGGCAUUCUAUAGCUGCAUAUCCCGGACAGCCUGUGUUCAAGGCUUAUGAUCCAGCAUCAUCCGCCCCAAUUCCUAUUGCUGCCCGAAACGAUUCGCCAUACGAAUCUCCAUCCUCGCGGUACCAGGCACAUAGCCCUAGCUAUGCUCCGCAGCACAGGUCCAUGCAGCCAACCGUUGAAGAUGUCCCAGAAUCGCCCACAGCAUCGUACGGACGCAGCACACGGGCGGCAGCUUAUCAAAACGAAAUGGCAUUUGACGCUCCCAACGGUCAAAUGCCGCAGAGUCUGAGCCGCUCGCCAGGUACACCGCAGUACAUGAGCGAAUCUCCAUCAUAUGGCAACGAGCACCAGGAUCGUGGCGUGUACCCUAGUUCGGUCUCGCCUUUGUCUGUUCAGGACUACUCGAAUACGUCGUCCCAGGUAUCAUAUGCCUCACAACCUGGUCACCACCAGCGCCCCAGCAGGCACAGUGAUUUCGAGCCUGUCCACACUCGGAACGCACAUAGCUACGGCCCGCCUGUCGUUCCUCCGUCGCUAUCUCCUGGAGUGGACCUCGCACUGUCGCAGGAGUUUGCUGACCGGAGAUAUGAUGAUCGUGGUUAUGACGACCGCCGGUAUGAAGCUCGGUAUAUUCAACAGGAUGUAGCGACCCCACCGCGAGGUCGCCAUCGAAGCGAAGGACCGCCAUCGUAUUCCAAUUCGCCUCACUCAUACACGCCACAGUCUCACGAUGGACGUGCCAUGGUGACCUACAAUAGCCGACAUGAGACGCAGCCCGCCAGGCCACGAAAUUCUCCAAGUCCAAACCCCAAUCCACAGCAUACCAUUCGCCGCAAGUCGGUAAGCCCAGCUCCCCCACCAGCGGAGAACAGAAGGCAGUCGGGCAUUCCCUUUGGACCGGACUCGUAUGAUGCAUUCAAUCCCAGCAUGGGCUCACCGGGCGCCAGCGCCCCUGACUCUAGUGCAGAGCGAGCGGAUCCAAAUGCCAAAAUCAUUUCUCACGAUGGCCGAGAGAUUGAUCCUUCUGAUCACCUUCCAAUGGACACCUGGGCUCCUGAGCCGGAACCCAAGAAGCAGGCAUCUCCCGAGCCUCGUGGCAGGCCGUCACCAUCGGGUGCGCAGCCCAUGCCACCCAGCGGACGAAGACCUCUCCGAAUUGCCGCUCGUUCGGAUCCGGUCAUUACGCAACAGCAAGCGCUGCCGCCACCACUGCCUACCUAUGGUCAAGCGGAGGACCCUCGAACUCCUCCACAUAGCGGCCGCAAUCGCCUGCAGAAGAAGGCUCGAGGGUCAGCCGGGCACAAUAGCCUGCCACCGCCUGCAUCGAGCCCACUGGCUCCAAUUUCGCCUGAUAACUAUCAGGAGAGGCAGGCACAAUAUACCCCUACUCGUGGAGCACAUCGAGGAAGCCCAUACGACUAUCCCAACGAGAACCACGCUCCGCAGUAUUACGGAUCAGGGCCACCAAUUCCGGCCAAGAUUCCUUUGCCUGUCAUGAGCGGCGCAAAUGGAGGCGGGGAAAUGGCAUUAAUGGAGGAGAUGCAACGUAUUGACAUUGGUGCAGGCCGAUCUAGACGACGCGGAGGAUACUGA